AUGACAGCAAUUGGGAUUGAUCUUGGCACAACCAAUUCAUGUGUGGCAGUUUUCAGACACAAUCGGGUUGAAAUCAUAUGUAACGAUGAAGGCUCCAAAGUUACACCAUCAUGUGUGUCAUUUGCAGAUACGGAGAUACUUAUUGGUGAUAGAGCAAAAAAUGAAGCAUCAAUGAAUAUCUCUUCUCUUAUAAUAGAAAUGAAGCGUUUAAUUGGUCGAACAUACGAUGACCCAAACGUCCAAAAUGAUUUGAAAUUGCUUGGAUUCAAAGUAAUCAACAAAGACAACAAACCACAAAUACAGGUCAAUUAUAGGAACAAUGUGACUACUUUCUAUCCAGAAGAAAUAAGCGCUAUGGUGCUUGGUGUUUUGAAAGAAGAUGCAGAAGCGUAUAUUGGGAGUAAAGUCACCGAUGCUGUUAUAACAGUUCCUGCUUAUUUCAAUGAUUCGCAACGAAAAGAGACUAAACAUGCUGGCGAAAUAGCUGGGUUUAACGUACUUCAAUUAUUGAACGAACCCACUGCAGCCGCUAUCGCAUAUGGAAUUCAAAAUAAGGAUGAAGGCCCUCGUGAUGUUUUAAUAUUUGAUCUUGGUGUAGAAACGUUUGACGUUACGGUGAUGACAAUAGAAAAGAAUGUAUCUGAAGUUAAAGCAACGGGAGGCGAUUCCCAUUUAGGAGGCAAAAACUUCGAUAAUCGAAUGGUUGAUCAUUUUUCCAAAAUGUUUGAUAAAAAGCACAGUGCAAAUAUAAUGGAUAAUAAAAGAGCAUUGAGUCGACUACGAGUCAAAUGUGAAGCAGCCAGGAAAUAA